AUGUCAACUUACAUACCAAGCUUCAACAAUGAAAGAAUCAAUCAACCUUCUUCUCCGGAAUCACCGAUUCCUAUUGAAAAUCUCAUACUGUGCAUUCCAAACGUCGGCGGAGUCCAUGAUUCUGGUGUUUCACAGCAACGAUUUUGUGAAUCAAGUAUUGGUUUGUUAAGAGAUAGUACGAGUCAUGAAAUUAUGGAUCAAAUGGUUUCGUGCAUUCCGCCCUCCGGAAUCGGAUUCCAUUCCGAUCAUGAUCAUUGCCUUAAUACUAUAGUUGAUUUUCCUUUGGCAUAUGAAAAUAGCCAAGAUUCCAAGAGUUAUCCAAAUGGAACUGGGAAUGUGAUUUCUGAUUCCAAGUAUCUAAAACCAACUCAAAACCUACUUGAUGAUGUUGUUAAUGUCAAGAAAGCUAUGAAACAACACUGUAAACAUGAUUACAUGAGCAAUUCCAAAGAAGCCAUGGGGAUAUCGGAAAACAAACUUGAUUCCAAUCCAGUCUCAGCUGCUGAAAAACAAGAUUUACAGAACAAUAUGACUAAGCUAUCGUCUAUGCUGAAUGAGGUUGAUAGAAGAUACAAACAAUACUACCAUCAAAUGCAGAUUGUUGUAUCAUCAUUUGAGGCACUUGCUGGAUGUGGGGCUUCAAGCCCCUACACCACACUCAUUCUCCAAACCAUAUCAUGCCAAUUCCGGUUCAUAAAAGAUGCGAUUAAAAGCCAGAGAGAAGUCAUAUCAAGAAGGCUUGGCAAGACGGAAUUGAGAUUCCGAGGUUGA